AUGUAUUCUUUCUUUCUAAGAAUCAAUGGAAAAAAUAUCCUCAGGUCUGACAAGAUGUACCAGGUUCCACUGUCACUGGACCGGGAUGGGGCCCUGUUCCGGCUUCGCUUCACCCUCGUGGCCGUGCUCACAGUCUGCUGUCCACUUGUCGCCUUCCUCUUCUGCGUCCUCUGGUCCUUGCUCUUCCACUUCAAGGAGACUACGUCUACACACUGUGGGGUGCCCAAUUACCUGCCUUCGGUGAGCUCUGCCAUUGGCGGGGAGGUGCCCCAGCGCUACGUGUGGCGCUUCUGCAUCGGCCUGCACUCGGCACCCCGCUUCAUGGUGGCCUUCGCCUACUGGAACCACUACCUCAGCUGCACCUCCCCGUGUCCUCGCUACCAACUGCUUUGCCGGCUCAACUUCAUCCUCAACAUCAUCGAGAACCUUGCGCUGCUAGUGCUCACCUAUGUCUCCUCUUCCGAGGACUUCACUAUCCACGAAAACGCUUUCAUUGUGUUCAUCGCAGCAUCCCUCAGUCACAUGCUCCUCACCUGUAUUAUCUGGCGGCUGACCAAGAAGCACACAGAUCAGAAGUCCUACAACUGGAAACAGCGGCUCUUCGUCAUCAACUUCUUCUCCUUCUUCUCGGCGCUGGCUGUCUACUUUCGGCACAACAUGUAUUGUGAGGCUGGAGUGUACACCAUCUUUGCCAUCCUGGAAUAUACUGUUGUCCUAACCAACAUGGCAUUCCACAUGACAGCCUGGUGGGACUUCGGGAACAAGGAGCUUCUCAUUACCUCCGUGCCUGAGGAAAAGCGGUUCUAA